AACUGGAUUCAACAGCUCGAGCCCAGCCGGUGUCCGGAGGACUCCCGGCUCUCACCGGCCGGCAUGUGCGCCGCCGAGGUGGACCAUCACGUAGCCCAGCGAUACCUGCUCAAGCGUCGGCUCGGGAAGGGGGCCUAUGGCAUCGUGUGGAAGGCAGUGGAUCGGAGGACUGGCGAGGUUGUGGCCAUCAAGAAAAUCUUUGAUGCCUUUAGGGAUAAGACAGAUGCCCAGAGAACGUUCCGGGAAAUCAUGCUGCUCCAGGAAUUUGGGAACCAUCCCAACAUCAUCCGACUCCUGGAUGUGAUCCGGGCGGAGAAUGACAGGGACAUUUACCUGGUAUUUGAGUAUAUGGACACUGACCUGCAUGCCGUCAUCUGCAAGGGCAUGGUGCUGAAGGACACCCACAAACGCUACAUCUUCUACCAGCUCCUGCGGGCCACCAAGUUCAUCCACUCGGGAUGCGUUAUCCACCGGGACCAGAAGCCGUCCAACGUUCUCCUGGAUGCCAGCUGCUCGGUGAAGCUCUGUGACUUUGGCCUCGCCCGCUCCCUCAGCAGCCUCCCUGAGGGGCCAGAGGGCCAGGCUCUGACCGAGUACGUGGCCACACGCUGGUACCGAGCUCCAGAGGUGCUGCUGUCCUCAAGCUGGUACACCCCUGGGGUGGAUAUGUGGAGUCUGGGCUGCAUCCUAGGGGAGAUGCUGCGGGGGAGGCCCCUGUUCCCUGGCACAUCCACACUCCACCAGCUGGAGCUGAUCCUGGAGACCAUUCCGCCACCAUCCGAGGAGGGUGAGCGCGUGUGCAGGGGUCCACUGGGCACCAGGCACACUGAGGGUCAGAACACACAGCUGUGGGGGGACAGCACCUGACAGGCCAGAACUGCAUAGGGAGGAUGGCGAGGAGUGAGCUGGGGAUGGGAACCUGGAGGAGGAGGGACUGGGAGAAUCCAGAUGCCUCAAGAAGCCUGGAAGGUCAGGCCCUGCAGGUGGUGGCCCAGGGAGGAGCUGCUGAGGGGUUUGGGGGAGGAACUGGACAGAUUCUGCAAGGGCCACGAGGUCCCUGAGGGUCAAGCCGUGCUGCUGAAGCGUCCAUCCAGGUCAGGACAAGAGCACUGGCUCUGCUGAGGGGUGAUGGGGGACCCACACUGUGCUGGGAGCUGGGGAGGGACACUGGCAGAAAUGGGGGUGGGGCCUCAGGGUCCUUUCUCCUCCCUGGGGGAGGGAGGGUGAAGGACAGCGCUAGGGGAGCCCUGUUCUCUCCCCAAGUCUCUGCUCUGGUGGAGAAGGCAAAGGGCUCUCCUGUGGAGGUGGGAGCACAGGACAGGGGGACGUGUGUGCACAUGUGAGUGUGCACAUGUAUGACGGACAGGUGGGGCUCUUAUGCACAAGUGGCGGUGCGCAGCCAGAUACUGAGGGUUGGAGCCCUGCCGGCAAGAAGGUCGCUCACGGGUCAGAAGGGCUGGCUGCUCCCGCCCUCCCUGAGCUGCCCCACCUACCACGUUCCUAAUUGCUUGUCGCACCUCCUCCUACCUGCACUCCCAGACCUCCUGGCUCUCGGCUCCAGCUACAGUGCCUCAGUUGUGCCCCCGCUGGGGUCCCGACAAGCGGCUUAGCGCGGCCCAGGCACUGCAGCACCCGUAUGUGCAGAGGUUCCACUGCCCGGCCCGUGAAUGGACACUGGAGGCGGCU